AUGAGAAAUAAAAAUCCCCUCUCAGAGCUAAGGAUGGUACUACUGGGUUACAAUGCAUCUGGGAAGAGUUCAGCAGGAAACACCAUCCUGGGCAAAUCUGCAUUUGAUUCCAAAAGAUCACUUACAUCUUCAGUACAAGAAGGAGAUACUACAGGAAGGCAUGUUACUGUGGUCAACACUCCAGGCCGAAAAAGAAAUUACCACUCAAAAUACACCCCCAGACUCUAUAAAGAUGAGAUUGUGUUGUGUCCAUCUCACUGUCCUCCAGGACCACACGUCUUCCUGCUGGUCAUAAGAGUGGAUGUUUCUUUUACUGAAGUGUACAGAAAGGCAGUAGAGGAACAUGUUGCUCUUCUUGGUCAAGUCUGGGAUCACAUGAUUGUUCUCUUUACAUUUGGUGACUGGUUGGGAGACACAGGCAUUGAGCUGUUCAUUGAGAGUGAAGGAGAAGCUCUUCAGUGGAUAUUAAACAAAUGUAGGAACAGGUAUCAUGUCUUUGACAACAAAAACACAGAUGAUAGCAAUCAAGUGACAGAGCUGUUUGAAAAGAUAGAAGAGAUGGUUGCAGGAAACAGAGGGGGAUGCUGUUUUGAAAUACAGAAGCAAAAUUUACAAGAGGUGAAGAACAAAAGGAUAAAUGUUGAGAAAAGAGCAGAACAGAUAAAGGCUGAAUUUCAAAAAAGAAAUGAAUUGAGACUUUCAGCAUCAGGAGAUGCUGAACAUUUUGAAAUGAGGUUGGUGUUGCUUGGACCUCACCUAUCCGGCAUAAGUUCAACAGGGAACACAGUUUUGGGAAGGCAAGCAUUUGACAGAAGAAUCGAAGAGAAUCUAAGUGAUAAUAGUGAAGUGGGAAGGAAACUCACUGUGGUUUGUACACCAGGUUUUGAGAAAGUUCUGAUUGGAAAAAGACUUGAAGAUGCUAAACUCAACCUUCUGAGAAGUGUAAAAGAACGGUCUUCUGGGACACAUGCUUUUAUUUUAGUCCAGAGUGUUGACUGUUCCUUUGCAGAGGAAGAGAAAGGUGCACUAGAGAAAAUCAUGGGGUCUCUUGGUGAAACAGUCUGGAAUCACACAUUGGUUCUGUUUGCUGCUGGAGAUGAACUAGGAGAAACUCCUAUAGAGUUAUUCAUUGCAAGUGAAGGUGACACUCUCCAGUGGCUUAUUGAGAAAUGUGGGAACAGGUAUCAUGUUCUCAACACUAAGUGCUGGGGUGAUGGAUCUCAGGUCACAGAACUCCUGGAGAAGAUCAAGAAGAUGGUGGCUGAAAAUAGAGGAUGUCCUUUUAGACUAGAUGAAGAGGCUUUAGAAAGAGCUGAAAGAACAGUAGCUGUACCCAUUAGAAGAGCACAGAGUAUGGAUGAUCCAAUAAAUUUUGCUGAAGGAUGCAGUCCUUCCUCAAGGACAAGUUCAGCAUAUGUGUCCCUGAUGUCCCAAGAAGCACCUGUAGAGAGGCAUUUCAAGUCAAGUUCAAAAAGUGUGAGUACUGGAUUUAGAUUAGAUUAA